AUGAACUGCAAACGCAUCGCAGAGGGCGCAUACGCCCUCGCCAACUCUCCCGACGACCCCCUCGGGCCGCUGGUCAAGGAAGCUCUGGAAGUCAUUGAUCAUGCCUUGGAUACACACGGGCAAGACGGCCUCUCUAUCAGCUUCAACGGCGGAAAAGACUGCACAGUCCUUCUGCACCUCUACGCAGGAGCCAUCGCACGGCGGCUACAACUCUCCGAAGAGAUGAAACCCAUUCACUCGAUAUACAUCCCCGUACCCUCGCCCUUUCCUUCAUUAGAAGCCUUCAUCUCAAAGACGGAAAAGACGUACAACCUCGAUUUAUUUUCGUGUCGGUCUGCACUAUCCCAAGUAGACCCUACGCUUACUACAGGGCCGGGUGAGCCGGGUGCUCCCAAAGCAGCAGGGAAGAUUAGACCUGGGGAGGGGAUGCUUCACGCAUUGGCGAUGUACAAGGAGCGCUUCCCACAGGUCACUGCCAUCUUGAUUGGUACCCGCCGAACGGAUCCUCAUGGGGCUACAUUAUCUCACAGAAAUAUGACGGACCCCGGCUGGCCAUGUUUUGAACGCGUAAACCCAAUAAUCAACUGGUCCUACGCGGACGUGUGGAAGUUCCUUCGGCAGCUUGAGGUGCCGUAUUGUGAUUUAUACGAUCAAGGUUACACAUCCCUAGGAUCGACUUACAAUACUUUUCCCAACCCUGCCCUUCUUGUCCCAGAGCAGAAGCCUUUGGUAGAAGGGAAAACACCACUAUCUACACCUGUUUCGCCAGAGUCUUGUACGUCAUCAACACCAUCACGGUCGAACGGCGUCCCUCCGGUCGAACCAUCACGGUCCUCAACUACCGAAGAUGCAACUCCGCGGUACCGGCCCGCGUACGAGUUGACGGAUGGGAAUCUGGAGAGGUGUGGCCGGGGAUUGAAGUUGCCUGCUUUACCGCAGGCGAAGAGUACAGGAUGUCGAUAA